AUGGAGCCUUCGAUAGAAGUAGAGGCUGCUGGCUUGCGUGUGCGCCUCUCUUGUUUGGAGUUUGAGAACAUGCGACACAAGCGUGGGGAAUGGACCGAGAAUAUGCUCAACUUUGCUAUGGUGAUGAUUGCAAGGGAGAAGCUGACCGCGGAGCAGCUUUCGAGAGUUGUAAUCAUCCCCAUGAUGACCAGCUGCGCUGAGUAUUUUGACAAACUGGCGGCUGGUGAUGAGGAGAGUGCGGGAGAGGUGGACAACCUGGGGCACGUUGGGGACGCUGCUGAGGACACGGGUGCCCCGCCCGUUAUUGACGCGGAAAUAGUCGCGUUGGGGGCCAUGCUUGCUGAGGGCGCACGAAUAGGUCUGGCCAACGAGCAUCAGAGCGUAACGGAUGGGGAGCGUCAGAUGAUGGAUAGAGAGGAACCACCUUUCCAGAGGAGGAGUGCGCGCGAGAUCUUGCGUGGAAUGAGGGAGGCGCAGCAGAGGGCACCAGAGGAUAAGACCGAGCGUCGCGGAUCGGAGGCCCUACAACAGAGGGGGGAGGGGGAGAGGAUGGAGGAGUUAGCAAUGGGUUUUGAGGCAGUGCACCGCCCGGUCGAGAAUGAUGAACAGGAGCAGGGGCAGGGUAUGGACAUGAGGCAAGGGAGUCCGAAUGUCGUAGGCGAAUUGGAUGCAGAGGUUCAGAGAGCGGAACGCGAGAAUAGGGUGGUGUAUCAGAGGCGGGAGGCAAGAACAAAGAGGAGGUAUGAUCAGGGGCGGGAAGCACGCGAGGGGGAAGAGGCGAAUCAGAGGGUGGAACAGAAGCGUAUGAGGCUCGAGGACGAGGAGCGAGAGGAGCGUGCGAUGGAGGGGGACAGGGAGAGGGAGGAACGGGAGCGGAAGAGGGAGGAAGAAAAUGAGAGGGAGGAAGAGAGGAAAGUGGAGGAGAAGCGGCAGAGGGAGGAGGAAGAGCGGAAGAGGGAGGAGGAGAAGGCUGAGCGCGAACAGGAGGAGAAGCGGCAGAAGGAGGAAGAGCGGAAGAGGGAGGAGGAGAAGAAGGCUGAGCGCGAACAGGAGGAUAAGCGACAGAGGAAGGAGGAAGAGCGGAAGAGGGAGGAGGAGAAGGCUGAGCGCGAACAGGAGGAGAAGCGGCAGAAGGAGGAAGAGCGGAAGAGGGAGGAGGAGAAGAAGGCUGAGCGCGAACAGGAGGAGAAGCGACAGAGGGAGGAGGAAGAGCGGAAGAGGGAGGAGAAGAAGGCUGAGCGCGAACAGGAGGAGAAGCGCCAGAGAGAGGAUGAAGAGCGGCAGAGGGAGGAGGCGAGCAGGGUGGAGCGCGAAAAGGAGGAGAAGCGACAGAGGGACGAGGAAGAGCGGAAGAGGGAGGAGAAAAAGUUGGCGCGCGAAUAG